AUGAGGUGUUGUAAAAGUUCUCUCAAGUUUAAGUUUUGUAGCUUUUGUGCUUCUUGUAGUUAGUUUUUGUAGAUGCUCCCAAAACGUGACAAAAAGUUUUAAAAUCUCUCCUUUUUACUCUUCCUUUCAGAGCUAUAGCCAUGUCUUCCAGUGCAGCGAUGGUGCGGAUCCUGAUAAAGGGCGGCAAGGUGGUGAACGACGAUUGCACCCAGGAAGCAGAUGUCUACAUCGAGAAUGGCAUCAUCAUGCAGGUGGGGAAGGAGCUGAUGAUUCCAGGUGGAGCUAAAGUGAUUGAUGCUUCUGGAAAGCUGGUCCUCCCCGGGGGCAUCGACACCAGCGUGCACCUGGAGGAGAGCUUCAUGAAUGCCACCACAGUUGACGACUUCUAUAGCGGCACCAAGGUAACAACCUGCUGAAAACAGAACACAAAGACGGCUGUAGACUGGAGGGGACUUGAUAGCUGGAAAAAGCAGCAGGAGGUUUUUGGGUGCUGCAGAAAAUAAGACUCAAGACACACUAAAAACAGAGCAGCGCAGGUUUUGUGCUAAAUUUAUCUCAACUCUCUUAGACGUCCUCCUUUCUCUGAUGUUGUAUGAUCAGAGAUAUUUAGUUUUCCUGUCUGGGUUGGAUGGUACUGCAGCUAAAUUUAACCAAAGUGUCAGAGAGGCUACUUUAGUUUGGUUUUGAUGCCAUCAGGCAGCCUCUUCAACAGACUGAACCAAAUCAUUUGUGGUUUUAGACACUUUGCUGUCUGUCAAAUAAUAAAAUGUGAACGCAAUACAAACACUUAAGUCAACAUAAUGGAAAGGAAAAAAAACAAUUCAGCCCUGGCUUUCAAUAAUAGCAUGAAUGUAGGGUUUAAUGUUGGGUAUUUGAAUGCAGUAAAGUAACAGUAGGAUGCUCUACUUUAGGGUAUUGCUUGUUAUUAAAAAGAAUAUACUUCCUUUUUACUUAAGCCGUGGUAUCAAUUGAUCUAUUAGGAAAAAUAAAGAAAUAAUCUGACCCUUUUUGGAUGAUCUAAAGACUCUUUCAUGCAGUAAAAGUGGUAUUUCUGAGCUUGGAUGACGUAAGACCUUAGAUGACUUCACUUUUACUCAUUUCUGUGGAUUAUUGAAGUCUAACUUAAAUUGAGCACAGUAAUCUUUGGACGGAUGAGCUACAUACAGGUUAUAAAAAUAACACUGUGCUGUAAUUGCUGACGUAUAUCAUCUUCUCAGUGGCUGUUACUGAAGAGGGCGUAUUUACAGGCCUGGCUAUAACAGAUGACAUGCACCAGUCUCCUCAGCUUUGGUCAAACCAGGCCUGUACGAUUAUGGCCAAAAUGAUAACUAAUAACCAUAAAUUUAAUCAAUACUGAGAUCAGGAUUGUUUAUCACUAUGUACAGUUGAUAUUUACUUUAAAUAUAUAUAUUUAUAUAUGUAUAUAUGUAUAUAUAUAUAUAUAUAUAUAUAUAUAUAUAUAUAUAUAUAUAUAUAUAUAUAUAUAUAUAUAUAUAUAUAUAUAUAUAUAUAUAUAUAUCCCGCAUCUUAUUUAUUGACAAGUUCAGACAGGGACAAAGUUUCUGUCUUUGCGUUCCCUCUCUGCACUCACUCUGUCCCUCUGCUUUACUAACACACACCACCACAUCCCACAGCUCUCAGCCUGUUGUUUGUACUGCAGAUGUUUUCCCUGCACUCUUAAAUUUACAUUUUUAAAACACAAUAUGUCAUUAAUGGCAAUAAGCCUCGUUAAUAAGCAGUUGUCAUGGUUGAAAGUAUGAUGGAAACAUGAGUUGUGCUUUUUGGAUGAUUUUAUAAAAUGAACUGCUGACGUAAAAUGUCUAUCGAGCCUCAAGAAGACAGAAGAAGGAGGUAAAUAGGGCUGUGCAUUUCUUAAAAACCACGACUUUUAAUGAAGAAUUACUCAUAUUUUUAAGAUUUGCUUUUCAAUCUUCAAUAAAUGCCAUAAGGAUGACUUAGCCUAUUUUUUUUUAAAUACUUCAAGUUCCAAGGCUGACACCUACCCCCUCACACCAGUUUUAGGCAUUUAAAAUAUACUACAAUAUAAAAACUGUUUUACAUGUUGUUGAUGGUCUUGUUUGCUUUUGAAGAUUAUAAAGAGUCAGAAAUGUGAAUAUCAGUCUUUUUCAUAAACGUGAGAAAAACUACCCACAGGAGCUUUAAUUUAAUGUUUCUCAUCACACAGUUAUAGUGUUUUAUAUAAAAACAAACAUAUACAGAACUUAUGUAACAAAUGCAAUGGUAAGAGAGAAAAGCAUUCAAAACAAUAAAAACAUAAUAGGUAGGUACACAUAAGGACAACUCCAAUGGAGUACUAGGGCCACAUUAGAGGUUAAGAUAUUAAGAUUUGAGGACAAAGUCGCAAUGUUGCAAGUAUUUUUUUUUUCAUCUGCUUUCUAACUAAAUAAAGCAAAGCAAAGAAAUAAUAAUAUGAAGUGUUUAAUAGGAAUGUGCUAAUGUUGGAGCUGGUUUCAGGCUUACAGCCAGUCCACAGUUAUUAAAGGUAAUGCCUUUACAUACUCAAUAAAAGGCUGCCAGAUCCUUAAAAAAACAUCAUAUCUGUAAUUUAUUUCAUAUGUAAUGUUCCCUGACAGCAUGCACUAUUUAAUAUUUAUGUUUUAAUUUCAAUAGAGAGAUAAGAGAAACCCACUUCUCAGUCAGUGCAUUAAAUCCUCUGGAAGCAGCAAGAACUAAGUCAACACAUUUCCCCAGCACAGUGAUGAUUUGGCACUUUGCUGCUGGCGAGACUACCAGGAAGUGUAGACUGGAGUCAUCAUGGCUGCUGAUAAGACCGGGAUACCCCACUCUGCCUCAGGGCACCAUGAUGACGCAUCACUCUGUCACGCCGAGAGAUGAUGGAGGCGAAAAGAUGACGAGUGCGUGGCUUCGGUUAUUUUAAGGGAGCAGGAGGGACCGACUUAAGCUGGCAGACGCUGGUGACAGACACUAUUCUCCUCUUUUCGCUCUCCUCGCCCCUCCCUCCUUCCCUCCGCUGCUCAAGAAUCCAUCCAGAGACAAAUGCAGAUCAGUAUCUGUUACCAUGGCUACCGGGGGGCUGCUGCAAAGACUGCUGCAAAGCCUUUUCACUCUCGCCAUUGUGCAGGGAGACAAUGGUUCUCAGACCCACGCCCCCCUCGUUCCUCCCUCCCACCGUCACACUCCUCCACUCUCGAGGGUCAGCUGACAGAUGCUUGGUGAAGCAUGCACUUGUACACAAAACACACUCUGUCCUCGUGUUUCAGGAUUAUGAACAAUAAAUACAGUGUCUGUUAAAACAUCUUUAGAGGAUCAGAAGUGCUGAUGCAGGAAAGAAACUACACUGAUAUUGCUUUGAAACCCUCUUUACUACUAUGUGCGGGGGGGGGGGGUCAUCCAAGUGCUACCACCACUUAGGGAUUUAUAUGUCCCUUAGCGGUUGUUUGCAAAUAACCAUAAAGAUGAGCAUUAACGGCUGUAGAAGCUCUUGGUUAUAUGAUUACAGAAGGCGCUAAGUUGAUUAGGUGAUUACAGUCCUUUCAGCUUUUACAGCCUUAAUAUGUCAACAUGGGUCAAACGUGGAUAUCAGUUCAUAUGUUUCAGUCCAGUUUACUCUGUAGUGGUAUUUAUAAAUACAUUGGGAAGUCAGAACAACAGCAUUUCAAUGCAAAAAAAUAAGAACUUAUCAUCAAACUUACCAAAAGAAAAGAUCUUACAAUUUAAGCUUCUUGACAGCUAUUGUGUGCAUCUUAUUCAGGCUGCUCUGGCUGGCGGUACAACAAUGGUGAUCGGGCAUGUUCUGCCAGAGAAGAACGAGUCUCUGCUGGAAGCCUACGAGAAGUGCCGCAGCUCAGCCGACUCCAAAACCUGCUGCGACUACGCUCUGCACGUGGGAGUUACUUGGUGGGGACCCAAGGUAUUCUACCACUGAGAAAGAUUCUACAUUUUACUACAUUACUUUUAAUUUUCCUCCUGGGGAAGACAUGGGGAACAUUGCCAUGGAGAUUUAUUUGGAAAUGCUGGGACAAAGUUAUAAAUAUAUUUUACUUAACACAACUUAUGUGGAAAACUGACUGACCUGGUUGGUUUUAAGUCAAACUUAUUCUCACCUUCCUCCCCUGCAGGUACGAGCUGAGAUGGAGAAGCUGGUGAGGGAACACGGGGUGAAUUCCUUCCAGAUGUUCAUGGCCUAUAAGGACAUGUUCAUGCUGAGGGACUGCGAGCUCUACCAGGUGCUGCAGCAGUGUAAGGACAUCGGAGCCAUAGCGAGAGUCCACGCUGAGAACGGGGAGCUGGUGGCAGAGGUGAAGGGGAUCUUUAGACUUUCUUCUCACUCAUAAUUCUGUCGACAACAAUCAGCCACAACACUAUAACCUCUGACAGGUCGAGGUAAUGACAGUGAUUAUCUCUUUAUAAUGGCAUCUGUCAGUGGGGCUCACUGGGUCUGAGAGAGCAUAUUAUGUAUUCCAGUGUUGUUCACUGCAUAGUUGGUGGUGAUAAUGUUGUGACUGAUUGGUGUACAUCCGUUAGCAAAAGCAUUUUUCUGUAUUUUGGGUACAGUUAGAUUAUGCUGUUCCUUCUCCUCCUUCCAGGGGGCAAGAGAGGCGUUGGACUUGGGCAUCAGUGGCCCAGAGGGGAUUGAAAUCAGCCGGCCUGAGGAGGUAUCAUUCUCACUUUUUUCUAAGAGUGUUAAUUUAAUAUAAAUAUAAAGUUGAUUCAGUCCUAUUUUAAUAUUCACUCCUCACCUUCUUGUUGUUUCCUUGCAGCUUGAAGCAGAGGCGACCCACAGGGCAAUAACCAUCGCCAACAGGGUGAGUGAGAUCUUCAAAUGAUCCAUUUGUGAAAUUGCAAGGUCAGUGUUUCUGUGUCAUUAACUUUACCUUAUAUGCCUUGUGUGUGUUUUUGCUGUAAGGCCCACUGCCCAAUCUAUCUGGUGAAUGUUUCUAGUAUGGCUGCAGGAGAUGUCGUGGCGACUUCUAAGAUGCAGGGUAAGACCUGUUUCUGUUGUCAUUACUGAAGUAUUUGAAGGCAAACAAAUUGAAUCAUGUGUUUCCACCAAUCAGGCAUUAAUAAUCGCUAUAAGUACAUAAUCAACUUUUAUGGCUUUAAGAACCAAAAGUAUUAAUUUUAGUCUUUUUCAUUACCGUUCAAAAACUCCUCACUGGAGCUUUAAAUGUCUGAAUGUUUAUCAGGUGGAUGCAUAAACUAAAUGUCAUACUUUUCUAAAUAAUAACUCAUGGACAACUUUUUUUUUUACUGAUAUGAUGUGUUUGAAUUUUCCUGUUUUGAUAUUAGGCAAGGUGGUUCACGGUGAAACAACCACAGCCCACUCUGUGCUGAACGGCAUGCAGUACUACCAUCAGGACUGGGCCCACGCUGCUGCUCAUGUUACCGUGCCUCCUCUCCGCCUGGAUCCAAAUACCCCCAAUUUCCUCAUGAGCCUCCUGGGAAAGUGAGGAGGAAAAAAACAACAUGAGAUUUUGCAUAUAACCUUUUGUACUUUUGGUGUUUUGACUCAUUCAUGUGAUUCCUCUGCAGUGAUACUCUGAACGUUGUGGCCUCUGACCAUCGCCCGUUCACCAUCAAACAGAGAGCCAUGGGUAAGGAUGAUUUCACAAAGAUCCCCCAUGGGCUCCCCGGCAUUCAGGAUCGCAUGAGCGUCAUCUGGGAGAGAGGAGUGGUAUGUAUAGCUCUUUGUUCCUGUCCGACAUGCCAUAGAAAUUCCAUAAAUAGGUGAAAGCACUCAGACUUUACUUAUUCAACAGAAACACUUGAAUAUGCUGCACAUCAGCAUCAUCAUCAUCAGCCUAGAGAGAAACAAAAACAUGAUAUUAACUAACAGUAUUGAUGCAGUCAGAUAACAAACAAGUGCUGAAGUUUUUGUUGUGAUUCACAGAUCGGAGGUAAGAUGGAUGAGAACUGUUUCGUAGCAGUCACAAGCUCAAACGCAGCCAAGAUCUACAACCUCUACCCGAGGAAAGGCAGGAUCAUCCCCGGAGCAGAUGCUGAUGUGGUGGUCUGGGACCCCGAGGGAUCCAAGUAUGAAACACAACCCCUCCAUUCAUCGACCAGCUCGUCUUGCAGCAGCUUUUAUCUCAAGUCUCUGAAGCUGAUUAGCUUUUUGUCUGAUAUAACUGGGUCAUCUAUUUCUUCCCUUUCCUUUCCUUUGUCUGCAGAACCAUCUCUGUGGAUAACCAGGUCCAAGGAGGGGACGUAAACCUGUAUGAAGGUCUCCGCUGUCACGGCGUGCCCUUGGUUACUAUCAGCCGUGGCCGUUUGGUCUAUGAAAACGGCAUAUUUACAUGUGCUGAAGGCUCUGGAAAGUUUUGCCCCCUGAGGACCUUUCCUGAUUACCUUUACAAGAAGAUGGUUCAGAGGGAAAAGGUAUCAGACUGAAGUGUUCUUGUUAAAACGGAAAAAUCUGAAUCAAAAUUGAGAUUUAUUCUUGGAAAAGAUGGACUGAGUGUUAGAGGAGCAUCGAGAUAGGAACCAAAUAAUCGAGAGACCCUUUUUUGUCCUCGUCUGUGUUCGUGGACCGCAGAAAUAUAUUUGUAUUUUUACGAUUAUGUAUUUGUGAUUCAUUUGUGCUUGUGCAUUGCCUCUCAGAGCCAGGCUGUGAAAGCAGUUGAACGUGAGCCAUAUGAGGGAGACGUUGUAGCAGUGGUCAACUCAGGAAAAAGAGACGUGGGGGCUCCAGAACUUAACACCCCGACCCGCCCCUGCACUCGGCACGGAGGCCAGAGGGACCUCCAUGAGUCCAGCUUCAGCCUGUCUGGUGAGAAUUGAUGCAUUUAUUCAGAUUACAGAAAAAGAAGAAUAGUUUUUAUGUCAUUUUUGAUACUUUGGUACCUGGAGACUUAUCUUGUUUUCACUGGGAGUUGAAGAGGUGCUGCAUUACGUCACUACAUUUUCAACUUCUAAAAGAUAUACUAAUUGGCCUUAAGGGGGCGCCAUAUUUAUAGAUAGUAGGAGCUUUGCUGCUUUGGGAUAAAAACAUUUAGGAGGAUUAAACAGGUUUACGCUGUAUUUAAAGCUCCACAUAAGAUGGAUUUAGAAGUCAGAGCACUUAUAAAAAAAAUGCUUUUUAAACCAAGGUAUAAACUGCUUAUGUUAUUUACUUUUUGGGCAUGUUCGGGCUUGUGCUGCUCAUGUUUUAGAGUACUUUUCGACAUUUCAUGCAUAAAUUUGACAAACAAAGCUGACAGGAAAGGUGAGCAGAAAUGAGGAAUAGGAUGUUAUUAGGAUCAAACUACACAGGUCUUCCUGUUUAAUCCAAACCCGAUGAUAACUCUUGAACCAAUCAGUGGGGAUGUGUCUCCAACAACAUCUUAGAGUUUUGGAUGUAGACAAAAUUGCCAAAUUGUGGUCCAGAAUCUAAAAGUAAGACCUUAGUAGCUGCCUGCGAUCACAAAUGGUUUGAAAAUAAUUCCAACUUGGACUAAAAAUUUGCAUCUAAAAUUGUCAACAUUGCAUAAUUCCCCCUGAAACUGAUUAUUAAGAGAGCCUUUUGCCUGUUAAAUGAUAAAUCUGCAUGUUUAAACAGCAGCUCUUUGCGUCUCACUGCUGCACGUAUUCUUCAUCUCUGUCCUCUCCAGGUGCCCAGAUCGACGACAACAUUCCAAAGAGAUCCUCAGCCAGGAUCCUCGCUCCUCCUGGAGGAAGAUCCAGCGGGAUCUGGUAA